GUCCAUUGCAGAAAAAAGUCGGUCCCAAAGCUUGGAGACUCUAUAUCAUCUCAAAAGUUUUCGUUUUUCUUCUUAUUCCACAUCUUAAUCUACUUUUGUGGAUUUCCAGUCUUUCAUUACUCUUAACUUGAUUCUUCGUUAUAUUUUGCUCUGCAUUUGCCCUUUCUUUCGCUAUCUGCAUUCAAUCAAAAUGUCCGCUCUUCUACCUGUCGCAGUCUAUGCCCUCAGGGUUCCUGCAGGAGGACUUCUGAUUCCUGCGGUUCCCGAUGCCGCUGCUACGUUCCGCGUGAGCAUGGCUGCCAUUGAUCCUGAUGAGACUCCCGAGUUCGAGGAUGGACAGACCCGCCCCAGAGCUACUCUCAAGCUUGUUCGCCCUCCCGCAGACAUGGACAUUGAUGAAUCGGACGAUGACUACGAGGACGACUCGGAGGAGGAUUCUGAUGACGAGGAAGUCAACGGCGGCCCCAGCGACAAGGAAAAGGCCCGUAAACUCAAGGAGGCUGCCGCUCUCAAGGAGCUCGAGGACGAGGACGAGGACGAGGAUAGCGAGGGCGAUGAUGAAGACUUUGAUUUGAAGGCUGCCAUCUCUAAGCUCGUCAAGGGCAAGGCCCCUGCUACGGAUGACGACGAAGACGACGAGUCGGAUGAAGGACUGGAGCUUGACGAGAUGGUCGUCUGUACCUUGGAUCCUGAGAGACACUGCCAGCAACCUUUGGACAUCACUGUUGCCGAGGGCGAGCGCGUCUUCUUCAAGGUCACUGGAACACACACCGUCUACCUGACCGGAAACUACGUCAUUCCUGCUGAGGAGGGCCCAUCUGAGUAUGAUGAGGAUGAGGACGACGAGGAUGACGAGGACGACUAUGACCUUUCCCCCGAUGAAGAUGACAUGGUCGACAUGGGUGACCUUUUGGACGACGAGGAGGAGGAUGAACUCGAUGGCUUGGCUCACCCCAGAGUCACCGAGAUUGAGAGUGAUGAAGAAGAGGCCCCCAAGCUGGUUGAGUCCAAGGGCAAGAACAAGCGCACCGCUGACUCCGACGAGGAGAUGGCGCUUGAUGACAUCAUGGCCAAGGACGGCAAGGCCAAGGGUGCUGACAAGGGCGAGCCUGUUUUGAGCAAGAAGCAGCAGAAGAAGCUGAAGAAGAACAAUGGUGAGGCAGUCGCUGUUGAGGAGAAGAAGGAGGCCAAGGAGGCUAAGGAGGGCAAGGAAGCCAAGAAGGUUCAGUUCGCGAAGAACCUUGAGCAGGGCCCUACUCCUUCCGGUCAGAAGCCAGGGGAGACCACUACCGGCACUCUUGGUGUCAAGGAGGUCAAGGGCGUCAAGAUCGAUGACAAGAAGCUCGGAAAGGGUCCCGCUGCCAAGGCCGGCAACACUGUUGCCAUGAGAUACAUCGGCAAGCUUGAGGACGGCAAGGUCUUUGAUGCCAACAAGAAGGGCAAGCCUUUCACAUUCAAGCUUGGCAAGGGUGAGGUCAUCAAGGGCUGGGAUAUUGGUAUUGCUGGCAUGGCUGUCGGUGGUGAGCGUCGGAUCACGAUUCCUUCUCACCUGGCCUACGGCAAGAAGGCUCUUCCCGGCAUUCCUGCCAACUCGAAGCUGAUCUUCGACGUUAAGCUCCUUGAGAUCAAAUAAGCAGCUCUGUUGCCUGCUUGUGUCCUGUGACGUUCUAUUUUUCAUGUUCAGUGUCACCAUCUGUCCACAUUGGCAUCUCACUGUUUCAUAUAUUGUCUUUUGUUUCAUUGUCCAAAAAGGUGUUUCAGGGGUUUUGUUUGAAUUCUGAAUUCCUGUGAUAUCCGACUUGUUUUUUCUACUGCACAGCUACGCCAUGCAUCUAGCAGGGAUGAGGAUAUUGCAUGGAGUCCAAAUCUCUUGCUCAUCUAUACAAGUGUGCCUCGAC